UGGGUCAAUUUACUGAGUACUUUGAAUCCUUAUCAGAAAAAAUGUAAAAAAUCGCGUAAAUACAUAGGCUGACUAACUCAUACCUUAGAUUAUACUCAAUCUAAGAACUCAUGCAUCAUGGGACAUGUCUUUAGAUUUUUAUUCUCUCUGGCUUUCGCGGUAAAAUUGCUGCUAGCCUUCAGCAUUUUCGUGCUGUUGUCGUCGAUCAUUCUACUGCCGAUGUUUUUCUUCUAUUUCAAACACAAAUUCACCUCUGACAAACUGAAACGGGGUCACAACCGACUUUGUGUGGGACUGUUUCACCCUUACGCGAAUGCGGGAGGCGGCGGCGAAAGAGUGCUCUGGGUGGCACUUAAAGCUUUACAAGAAAAGUAUCGCAAUGCAGAUUUUUAUAUUUACACCGGGGAUGUUCAGUACACUUCGAUAGAGAUACUAGGCAAAGUUAAAAACACGCUAAACGUAGAUAUUAAUCCAAAGAACGUUAAGUUUGUGUACUUAAGGCAGAGGAGGUGGGUCGAGUCUUCUGUAUACCCUUUUUUCACAUUAUUAGGGCAAAUAGUUGGCUCGAUUUAUUUGGGUUUUGAGGCGAUUAACCAGUUCGUGCCAGAUGUGUUCAUUGAAACUACAGGUUUUACAUUUACCAUACCUUUAUUUAAAUAUUUUGGUGGUUGUAAGACGGGAUGCUACGUGCAUUACCCCUUAAUCAACAAAGAAAUGCUUAGGAGGGUGCAAAAUCGCAGAACCAAUUACAACAACAGAAGUUUUAUAGCGCAAAGUUCGUCUCUAACCUAUGGCAAGCUAGUGUACUAUCAUUUGCUAGCGUGGGCCUACUGUUUGGCCGGUCAGUGUAGCGACACCACCCUUGUAAAUUCAACUUUUACCCUCGAAAAUCUAAAUGUCUUGUGGAGUACCCCAAUGUCUCUGGUUUACCCUCCAUGCGAAAUUGAUCGCCUAAAAGAAAUCCCUCGUGAAAAUAAAAAGCCAGAUAAAAUAAGGAUCUUGUCGUUGGCCCAGUUCAGGCCCGAGAAGGAUCACCCCUUGCAACUGCAAGCCCUAUAUGAGUUACGAGAAAUAGUUUCCGAAAACAUAUUCGAAAACAUAACCUUAGUUUUAUGCGGCAGCUGUCGCAACCAGGAAGAUUCUGACCGAGUAAAAGAUCUGAGAGAUUUGUCUAAACACCUAUCCUUGGAAAACAAUGUUGAAUUUAAAGUGAAUCUACCAUACGAGGCUCUAUUUGAAGAAUUCCAAAGCGCUUAUAUCGGAAUUCACACUAUGCUCGAUGAGCAUUUCGGCAUAAGCGUCGUCGAGCAAAUGGCCGCCGGUUUAAUAAUGGUGGCUCACAGAUCAGGAGGACCUCUUCUGGAUAUAAUCGAAACCUCGGAGGGUUCGAGGUUAGGUUUUUUGGCGAACACGGCUGAAGAAUUCGCGCACAUUUUGAAAUACAUCGUGGAAGCGGACGCGGAGGAAAUCGCCCAGAUAAGGGAUAGGGCGAAGGCUUCUUGCGACCGUUUUAGCACCGCCAAAUUUCAUCAGGAGUUUUUAAGAGCUGUUGAUCCCAUAUUUAAGUAGAUUCCGAUAAUUGUAUGAUAUUUGUAUUAUAACAGCACCUUUUUAAAAAAAUAAAUGUGAAAAUUAUUCACCACUUUUAUCCACUAUAAUAAUAUAUAAUAGUAGUUUUUCAAUAUAAUAAGAAAAACGUAA